AUGGUGGACGUGGGCAGCACUUUAAACGACACUUUCUGCAAUUGGCUGCUGGUUUUGUUUAGUCGUGGUAGGCAAGAAGAGAUGGAGGAAGCUGCGGUUGUUAGCUGGUCAAUUUGGCUUGCUCGUAAUGACUUUGUUUGGCAACAAAAGAGUCGUACUGCUGCAAAUGUGGUUGCUUCAGCAAGAACUCUGCUUGAUCAAUACAAAUUCGCUCAAAAAAGAAAGGGUCUUUCUUUGUCUCCGUUGAUUGAUGGGGACUGCAUGCUUGAGCGGUGGCCUGCACCUGCUAUAAAUAAGAUCAAAGUUAAUGUUGAUGGCGCUUUGUUUGAGCGAGAAGGCCGGUUUGGUUUUGAUUGUGUGACUCGAGAUUCCAGCGGUAAUUUGGUAGAAGUUUACACGAUGGGAAAGGUGGGGCGGGUGCAACCUGAAAUAGCUGAAAUUGUUGGCAUUAAAGAAGCUUUAAGCUGGAUUGACCGUCAUUUGUGGGGACAAGUGAUUUUGGAAACUGAUAGCUUAGUUUGUGUUCAAGCCGUGUAA